UCCGACCGGUCGACCAACGACAUCGAACCUUUUUUUGAGUUCAACUACUUUCUUUGCAGUUUCACUGUACCACUUCACCAUGUUCACUGGCAUGCCCUGGUAAAAUAUGGCACAGACUUUACACCCAUCUCCUCCACCACCUGUGGAGGAACGCCUUUGUCAACUGAGACCAUCCCGAGAAUUAUUGGAGUAUUACCGUGAGAAGGUCGCUGAUUUCGAUGUCGAGCACGAAGAAAUGGUAAAACGACUGGAGGCAUAUCGUUGCACUUACGAAGAGCACCAUAAGGUUCAACACACCAUUAGGCAACGAGAACAAGAGAUAGCAGAGUUGCAGAAAGCAUUGAGUGAUAUGCAGGUCUUUCUAUUCCAGGAGCGUGAGCAAGUACUCCGGCUUCAUGCUGAAAACGAUCGGCUGAGGUUGAGAGAACUUCAAGACAGGCAAAGAAUUCAGCACCUUCUCUCUCUUACUCAACCUGGAAACUGUUCAAGUGAUGUUACAUACUUACAGCCAAUGGGAAAUGGAGGUGAUGUUAUGAAGAAGCUGGACAGAUGUCAUGUGGAACGCAACACCUCCCAUCCACAUCAUGCGAAAUUUGAACAGUCGAACGAUGUUGAGUCUAAAGGGACGCAAAAGCAACUGGCCCUCACUGUGCAGGCACUGCAGGCACAACUGGAAGAGCAAACUCGUCUUGCCAAGCAACAGGUUGAUGCUUUACUGCAAGACAGACAGGUUGCAUUGGAGGAAACCCAAGCACGCGCAGAGCGUGACACUGAAACAAUUGCUUCUCUUUCAGAGAAAUUGCAGAAAACACAAAAUAUCCUCUAUGACAGCACCCGCGAUUUCCUUGCUCUCAAGUAUGAUAUUCAUGCUCGUGAGCGGGCGUGGAUGUCUGAGAAAGAUGAGUUGAUGUGCAAUCUAGAUGAAAUGAAGCGACUAGUGGAAGAGAGCAAUGCCGCCAGUGCUCUCUUUUCAACCACACAAUCUGGUAUGGAUACCAAGGAAAACAGACAAGACUUGCUGUCCGGAGCCACUGAUGUGCGCACUGCUUACAAAAUGGAGUUGCACCGCUUGCGAGAAGCAUUGCAGCAACAGCAACAGCUUGCCGAAGCAUAUCGUGAUCAAUGUACUGAAUUAGAAGAUUUGCACAGUCGUAUGAGAGAGAAGCAGGAAACUAACCAGCAGUCUUUUUCCCAACGUGCGGAGCGCAUGGCUCAACGAUUGGCACUUAUGAAUGAUCGAUACAAGAACUUAGAGAGACGCCGAAAUCUGGAGAGAGAAGGCUUCUCUAAUGACAUCAAGUCAUUACGCUCUCGCCUUAAAGACCUGGAGAAUCAACUUUACAAGGUGACAGUCAAUUUCGAUGGUGCCUGUGAUACAGAUGUUUUAGAAGCAGUUCAGCGAACAGCUGGCCACACGAAGCAGCUCAUUGGCGAGCUCCAUGGCUUGAAGACUAAAGUGUAUGGAGUUGAACAUGAACUACGUCAUCACAAAUAGCUCUGCUUUUGAGAAGUAUUCUCAACUUAUAGCCAAUCAUGAAAUUGUAUUGCAAUAGUUUGACAUCAGUUACUAACUUACUAUUGCAUGCUACUAGUGGCACAUUUAUUGCUCUGUUAAUCAAGAAUAUUUUUUUUACUUUUCAUCAAAGUCAAUUCACAUACACAACCAGUUUGACAGUACGAGCUGCCCACCAUACCUUCUGUACGUAUUGAUUGGUUAAGCAUAAUCAACCUUUUCACAGCCUCAGCGUAUUUCAUGCACGGAGUUAAUUAAAAACACCCAAUUCCAAAAUUAAAAGCUGGCCAAGAUAUUCUUGAUCUACAGUAUGUCUUUCACAUUGCAGACCAUAACAAACUCAAAAGUCGGGUUUGAAUCAUUUUCUCAAGCCAUCAUUCUGGCAAGGUGCUGCAUUUCUUGUACAUCUGCUUUGUAGGUCUGCCUUGUGUACGUGCAGUAUGGCAUGUUUCUUGUUCACACCAAUCAUUCUACUGCUGAUCUAUAAUUCCAAGAGUCCAGAACUAACAA